UGUAAAUUGUAACCCCUCCGGCAGCCAAUCGGUGUACAAAAACGUUCAUAUUGUUGUGAUUCGUUUCGCACUUCGCUCCCCUGUUAUUUGGACACGACAAUUAACUGAUACGGUGCUGUUGUUGCGAGGUUAGAACAUGCGAGUUCUGGAAAUACGUGGAUCACCUUCAUGAGAACAGUUAUAGACAAUUAGGAUGUUUCGAUCAACAAGGAAUUUGAUCAUUGCGCUGCAACGUGCGAAGGAUUGCCGUUUACAUACGUGCAGUCAACGGUUAUCGGAGGUUGCCGAAUAUGAAUCUCCUAUCACGGACGAUUAUAAAAAGGGUCCGAUGGAGGGUAGGGCCCUUUACUUGGAUGCUCAAGCCACUACUCCAUUGGAUCCCCGAGUGUUAGAUAAAAUGAUGCCGUAUCUGACAGUAUACCAUGGUAAUCCACAUUCCAGAACUCAUAUGUAUGGUUGGGAAUCAGAAGCAGCAGUUGAGCAUGCUCGUCAGCAAGUCGCAGAUCUAAUAGGAGCGGACAAGAAGGAAGUGAUAUUUACAUCUGGGGCAACAGAAUGUAAUAAUAUUGUUGUAAAAGGUGUAGCCAGGUUCUACAAAUCCAAGAAAACUCAUAUUGUGACAACCCAGACAGAACACAAGUGCGUACUGGAUUCAUGUAGAGCCCUGGAAGCUGAAGGAUUUGAUGUAACAUACAUUUCUGUAAAAUCAAAUGGUCUUAUUGACCUCAAUGAACUGGAAGCAGCCAUUAGGCCAUCUACAUCACUAGUUUCUGUAAUGAUGGUAAAUAAUGAGAUUGGCGUUAAACAGCCUAUUGAAGAAAUUGGUACCAUUUGUAGGAAGAAAAAGGUCUUUUUCCACACAGAUGCUGCGCAAGCCAUAGGCAAAGUGCCAAUUGAUGUUAACGCUAUGAAUAUUGAUCUAAUGUCUAUCAGUGGUCAUAAGUUGUAUGGUCCAAAAGGUAUUGGAGCCCUAUACGUUAGAAGAAGGCCGCGAGUGCGCGUAGAACCAUUGCAAAGCGGUGGCGGACAAGAAAGAGGGAUGAGAAGCGGUACUGUACCAGCACCUUUGGUUGUAGGGUUGGGUGCCGCUUGUGAAUUAGCGCAGACAGAAAUGGACUAUGAUCACAGAUACAUCAACACGCUGUCGAAUCAUCUGAUUGAAAAGAUAACGUCAAAUUUGCGGCAAGUCGUGCGAAACGGAGAUCCCAUAGCCUGGUAUCCUGGCUGCGUGAAUCUGUCGUUCGCCUGCGUAGAAGGUGAAUCGUUAUUAAUGGCUUUGAAGGACGUGGCAUUGAGCAGCGGUUCGGCUUGUACCAGCGCGAGCUUGGAACCCAGCUACGUGCUCAGAGCAAUCGGUGCCUCGGAAGAUUUGGCACAUUCCAGUAUCAGGUUCGGCAUCGGACGAUUUACAACGUUCGAGGAAGUCGAUUACACCGCGGACAAUACGAUACAACAUGUAAAGCGACUUCGGGAGAUGAGCCCACUAUGGGAGAUGGUGGAAGAUGGUAUCGACUUGAAGACUAUCAAAUGGACUCAGCACUAGUGCCUGGUUAUCGUGUAACCUUUACAAAUUUAAAUAGAUAUCUGACAGUUUAUUGCACGCAGUUUGGAUUCAGCAGGAAAUAGGCCAGUAAUAAACGAAAUCAAGUUCUAUGGAAUCCCAUGGCAAUUUGCAUGCAACUUGAUGAUCAAUAAAGGGAAAACGAAGAAAAUAAGGCAGAAUUUUCCAAAGUGAUUGCGUAUAUUUCCCGUUAC